UGUUCUGGCGGCCCUUAUCCCUAACCUUCCUUUUUGGCGCUAACAGCCCCUGUGUUCAUUUGCUGCCUAAUUGGACUGUAUGAGACCAAUAACAGACGAGCGCACACAGCCUGCAGCCAGAGCGCACAGAGAGAGGGGAGGAUACUCUCUCUCUCUCUCUCUCUCUCUCUCUCUCUCUCUCUCUUUCUCUCCCUCCCCUCGCCGUCUCUCCCUUAAUCCCAUUUGCCAUUGUACAUGCCCAAUCGCCUAUACUUUCCGCAUUUAACUUGGAUGACAUUUUUAUUUCAUCAUUAGCCUAGCAUCAGACGCCAGACUGACUGACACGGUGGACACUGUUUGUGGAAAGAGCCCGGAAUGAGAUUGCAUUUUCACGUUUAUACAUGUUUUUUCCCCCCCUCUUUCACCCCUCAAACACUUUAUUUUAUUAUUAUUUUUAGCCUAAACGGACGUGUGUUUUGACGCGCUCUCCGGGUGCGAAGUCGAGUCUCCGUGUUCAGUCACUGAGAGAAAUAAAACAGGGACUCCUCGCAGCCAGGAUAUCGACAGCCUGUAAGUCAGCCUUGCUUGCCCCUUUCCCCCCCUCCCUCCUUCUUUGAAUUCCUGCUUCCGUGGUCCUCUGCGUUCAGACCACAGCCACAGCGAUGCCAGAGACAACGCAAGAGACGUGCGCUUCGGCCAAGGACUCCCCUUUCUUCAUUAAGAACCUGCUGAACUGUGAUAGCAAACCGUCCAAACCCAAGCCCGUACUGACUGCCACCAAGGCGGCCUUGGAGGGAGGAUUUUCCCUUUCCCAGGUCGGGGACUUCAACUUUCCACGCUUUGACCUUCCCGCGCAAAGGUUCAGUCUACCGGCUCACUACUUGGAGCGCACCUCGGCGUGGUGGUACCCCUACGCUCUCAGCUCAUCCGCCCACUUACAAAGAACCGAAGUCACCGAGAAACCAGGAGCCAGAGACUCCUCUCCAACCUCGGGCACAGACAGAGACUCGCCGGACCUAGUGCUUAAAUCCGAGCCAGAGGCCAAAGACGACGACGACGACGAUGAGCACAACAACAAAAGCGGCGACGAGAUAAUCCUGGAGGAGAGCGACACGGAAGAAGUCAAAAAAGAGGAGCUGGAGGAGUGGAAGAAGAGGGACGACGAAAAGAAGCCGUGUCGCAAGAAGAAGACGCGCACGGUUUUUUCCCGAAGCCAGGUGUUCCAGUUGGAGUCCACCUUCGACAUGAAGCGCUACCUGAGCAGCUCGGAGCGGGCCGGCCUGGCCGCCUCCCUCCACCUGACGGAGACUCAGGUGAAGAUUUGGUUCCAGAACAGAAGGAACAAGUGGAAAAGGCAGCUGGCCGCUGAGCUGGAGGCCGCCAACCUGAGCCACGCCGCGGCGCAGAGGAUAGUCCGGGUUCCCAUCCUGUACCACGAGAACUCGUCCUCGGAGGGCGGAGGCGCAGCUGCCAACGUGCCCGCGAGCCAGCCCCUGCUCACCUUCCCGCACCCGGGCGUCUACUACUCCCACCCGAUCGUCACAUCCGUGCCACUGCUCAGACCGGUUUGAAAAGAGCUGAGGCGCAAGUUGGUGUUCAUUUUCCAAAUCAGCUCAUCCGAAGCGUGAAUAAAAAGGCUUAAUAUUUUUGUACAACUGACUGACUGAAUAACAAAAAACAAAAAGAAGAAAAGAAAGAAAAGAGACGCACAGUCAGGCCUGCAUGGACCUGUUUUGGCAAAUAAAUUGUCAUUUUCCAUAAGGGUGCCGUUUACACGUGAUCCGACAAUUCAAAUCCCUUGUUAUUAUUAUUAUUAUAAUUAUUAUUAUUAUUAUCAUCACCUCAGGAGUCCACCUGCUUACACUGCCCGAUCCUAAUGAGUGUCUUUUCAUUUUUCCCUAGUUUUGACACGACUGUUGCUGGACAGGCCAACUGUGUGUGUGAUGUACAAAAACUUUCAUUGUUUACAAAAACUGGAGACCUAAAAGCUCCCGCCUGCUUAUCAUCCACCAAUUAUUCGAUUUUACUUACAUUUCAUGAGCUAAUUACACGAUGAUGUGCAAUACACUGACGGUGGGCUUUUUCUGUUCACGGUGGGAUAUUGAUGGGGCUUUACUGUAAUUUCCGUUUCCUGAAUUUUUUUUAUUAUUAUUAUUAUUUGCUUUGACGGGGGACGACAAUCAGGACACUCUCAGCUGUAAAAUACCCAUGUAGCUUUAUGUUUUAGUGAUUCUCACUCUUGUUGCCUCCACAUGGACUCGUCCUUCAAGCACAAGUGUGAGCUCCAGUCUUAAUCUACUUUGUGUUUUUGGAGAGGAACGACAAAAAUGUCGACUACACUGGUGUAAAAAUAUGUAAAUGUCUAUAUUUAAUGAGACAAGGGGGGGUUGGGGGGAGAAGCUGCCACCUGCGGCUUCUCCUUUGUACAGUAAAAACAGCGUUUUGAUAUUGUAUUGCUGAACCAUGUUGUGAAAUAAAUGGAAAAAAUAUCUCUUACAU